UUUUUCGCUCAUUAUCGCUGCUAAAAACGAAAGAAUGAGCAGGUUCAAGACCAUUUUUAUGGUGAGCCUGUUGGCUAUAUUCCUUAGCCCCCGGGAGACUGAUGCUCAGGCAACCAUCAGCGAAAACUGGAGUAAGUUGGGCAAGUGCACUCAGGUGGCCAUCGAAACAAUUACUAGUUUGGCCAACAAAAUUGUUCCAACCUUCUACGAACUGAAAAAAUGUUCCGGAUACGUGGUCUUGGAACAGCCAAACAAUAAGGGAAGAAAGAUUACCUGGUACUUGAAAGUCACCAUCGAAUUCUUCAAGAAGCUUGCCUUUGACAAACCGAAAUGUUUGCAUAAUCUAAUAAGUCAAAUAGCUCAACGGGUCAAACCAUAUACAGAGCAAAUUACGGCAUUGGGUUGCUUGGACGAAAAUGAUUUAAUCAUCUAAAGAAAGGAAAAUAGUAUAACAUUAUGCGUUAAAACUGAAAGCACUAAAAGGUCCCAAGUGUGAGCAAAAAAUGAUAUUUUAAAUAAGAAAACAGUAAUUAGAAUGCUGCUUUGAGAGGAAAGUAUUAAAAUUAAAAUUAUAUUAUAAAAGAACUUUUAUUUUGUAUCUAUAGUUGAUACGUAUCUUUAGAUGGCAUAGUUGUCCAUGUCGCGAAUAAAAAAUUAGUCAAGCUUGGAUAAAUUUGGAUACUUAUACGAACUAUUGUUUCUGUUUGACUAUUUGCCCGCAAAGUCCAGUCUGAAGCUGCCGGAAAAAGAGGCCUUAAUCCUUUUGAUCAAGCUCUUCAUCUUGCUGAGCUUCUUGGCUGUAAGUUCGCCGACCUUGAAGUGGACUAUAACCCUACUAGCUAUAAGAACCCAUACACCAUUUAAC